UGCAUCCCUAAGCUGGAGAAGACAUGAUAUUUGUUUCCUAAGUCUGGAUCAGGAUUCGGUGCUUUAAUACUCUGCAGUCUUGUCUGGUGACAGAGCUUCGGUCUUCAUCAUCAACAAUCCAAGAAUUAAUUCAACUUUCACAAGCAAUCUGCCUCUCAGAAACCCCAUCUAGAAGUUGCUUCAACCACAUGGAACCACGUAAUGAUACACAAAUUUCAGAAUUUCUCCUUCUGGGAUUUUCAGAGGAACCAGAACUGCAGCCCCUCAUAUUUGGGCUUUUCCUCUCCAUGUACCUGAUCACUGUGUUUGGAAACCUGCUCAUCAUCCUGCUUGUCAGCUCAGACUCCCACCUCCACACCCCCAUGUACUUCUUCCUCUCCAAUCUGUCUUUUGUAGACAUCUGCUUCACCUCCACCACCAUCCCAAAGAUGCUGUGGAACAUCAAAACUCAGAGCAAAGUUAUAACCUAUGAAGGUUGCAUCACACAAAUUUAUUUUUUCAUACUCUCUGCAGUAUUGGACAUCUUUCUCUUGACUGUAAUGGCCUAUGACCGGUUUGUGGCCAUCUGCCACCCCCUGUAUUACACAGUCAUUAUGAACCCCCGGCUCUGUGUACUGCUGGUUGUGAUGUCCUGGAUAGUGUGUAUAUUGAAUUCCUUGUUACAAAGUUUAAUGUUGUUGAGGCUUUCCUUUUGCACAGAUGUGAAAGUCCCCAACUUUUUUUGUGACCUCAGUCAAAUGAUCCAACUUGCCUGUUCUGACACAUUUCUUAAUAACAUGGUGAUGUAUUUUGCAAGUGUCCUGUGGGGUGGUGGUCCCCUGGCUGGUAUCAUUUACUCUUACUCUAAGAUAGUUUCCUCUAUACAUAAAAUCUCAUCAUCUCAAGGGAAGUAUAAAGCAUUUACUACAUGUGCAUCUCACCUCUUAAUUGUCUCCUUAUUUUUUUGUACAAGCCUAGGAGUGUACCUUAGCUCUGCUGCUACCCACGGCUCACAGUCAAGUACAACAGCCUCCGUGAUGUACACUGCAGUCACACCCAUGCUGAACCCCUUCAUCUAUAGUCUGAGGAACAAAGACAUAAAGGGGGCUAUGAAGAGAUUCUUUGUGAUGGAAAGUCUUAAAAGGCCAAUUAUUCUGGGUCUGGAGAGGUGCCCAUGGCUUAAGGGAUCAAAGCUUCAGUCAGUAGUUGUGAUUCUUUAACCAGAUUGUGAAAGUAGAUCUUCCUCUUAUUAAUUUUCUGGAAUUUUCAUUUUUUCAGCUAUUCUAUGUAAUUUAGUUAGUCAUUUUAUUAAGCUACCUUCUCUCUCAGAUAUUCAACAGCUUUCCCCUCUUUUUUUCUAAAAUAUUCCCAAACUUUGAUAUUAAAAAUUGGACGUUCCCAUAUUCCCAUUUACUCAUGCAACUACUUGGAUUUACUAAGAACAAUGUCUUAUCAAAUGACUAAUAUCACCCCAUGUAAUGUGUCUUUAGUUUUACUAAAAAAGGAAUCAUCAGAUAUCACUCCAAAGGAAAAACAUGACAAACAUGGAAGCUAAGCCAUCUUUGUAAGAUUAUAGGAGAGAAAAAUCUGAGAUCAUAGCUUUUCACUUCUGUGUCCAACAUUCCUUGUAUAUCAGAUCCUUAACUGGUAUUCCUGAUAUUGUAGACUUUAAAAUACAAGUGUGUUUUACAACAGGUCAUUGGGUUUAUUUUCCUAAUUAGGAUUUUGUCUUCUUAUCAGCCUCUAUGUCCACAUUACCUACCAUAGUCACUGGCAAAGCUGAUUAUUGCGUACACGUCUGCCAGUGUAGUCUACACAGAAACACAAAUUGCAACACAAAUUGAUUUAAACACAAAUUUACUUAAUAUCACCUUAGAGUCAGAAAUGAUCUUGAAUAUAACAAAGUAACUUUUAAAAUAUACUUUGUAUUAUUAUUUAUGACAUUUGUUUUCAAGCUGUGCAUCUACUCAUUGCAGUCUGGAAUACUAGUGUCAAUGUAUAAAGAGGGACCUACUCACUGAAAUGAAGGAUUGAUUAAUCUGCUUUAUGUUUUAUUAUUGAAUUAUCUUACUCUUCCUACUUGAAAACUCAAGGUGAGCCUAUAACUAUGACUUUUCCCAUUGGUCUUAAUGAAACAUCUCAUCAAUUCUAAAUGUUGUCAUAAACAAAAAGAGCAGUGAAUGGACAUCAUCCACUAUAUAUCUCUCAUAUACAAAUGAAUUUCUUCAAUUUGCAAGAUCAAAACUGAUUCAUAAGAACAUGACUUCCUGCUUAGACCUAAGAUUCAGGUUUGGCAAUUUUUGUACACAAACACAUAUGUCCUUGCAAACUUUCCUGAAUAUUAGGAAAGGAACAUCAAUGAAGUCACUUUUUAAUAUAUUUGUGUGGGAAAAAACAACUUGGAUAAGAGAGUAAUCAGAAAUGCUUUCUUCAAAUCUCAGAACAUGUGUGAAAAAAAAAUGGUGAAAAAUAAGAAGCAGUAGAUUAUUAGCUUUGCCCUCAGUAUCAUUCACUUUGAUUAUUACAUUUGCCAGCAGGCUUCAUAACCAGUUACCCUACAAUAAAAUGGUAAAAUAUAAUGCAUUUAUUAUCAAAUGAGAUGGUAUGUUUUGGAGUUGUUUCAAGUUCUACUAGGUUUCUCAUGAGUCUGUAAUUAGCUGUCAGUCUCUCUA